AUGAAAGGUAUGUCACACUUCACACGUGAAGAUGAGCGAAACCUGGAAAUACUACGCUCAAAGAAGGAGCUUGGACAUUUACAACUUGAUGAAACUCAAUUGUUGCAACAAUUGGAGCAAAGGUACGAUGAGUUUAUAAAGGAAGGAUUACGUAAUCUUGUGCAUAUGGCACCUCGAAAAGGCAUAACACAGUUUCAACUGAAAUAUGUUCUUGUAUCAUGGCCUAUGCUAUGUUUGGUUUUAUGUUUUGUUUUUGUCUCAAUAUUUCUGCUGUAUUCCCAAGAGGGUAGUGGGAGGUGGGUCCAUUCCAUUCUAAAAUGGAAUAUAGAGCUUAUUGGUUUACUACUUGCUGCGGCUACACUUGUAGGAUUUACACGCAUGCGGGAACGUCCUUUUAUUAAUAGAACUGUUCUUAUUUCGUGCGCGUUGACAACAGCGGUACUGAGUGUAGUGAGCUUUGUUUUGCUUCUCAAGACUCGCAACACAGAGGAAUACCAAUGGGAUGGACGUGUGGGUCUAAUUCUUGGGGCGAUGAACACUGUCAUUAUGGUGAUAUCAAUACUGUUACUCUUCUCCAACUUCUAG